UCACAAAGUGCAUUUUGCAUGAUAGGUCCCCUUUUAAGUCUAAUCGUUUCAUUUUGUUGUAGGACUGCACAGAACAGACCUUCCAGAAGAAAACCGUUAUGAAGAGGCCAUGUAUUCUUAUCAUGGAUUCCCUCAAACUUUCUCUUCAUGAGCGUGUCUUCAAACUCUUACGGGAGUACUUGCAGUCUGAAUGGGAAGUCCGUCGAGGUUCAUCGAGGGACUUUAGUUCUGAUCAGACGCAGAGCUCGCACUGUAUUGUUCCCCUGCAGGACAACAGCAGCGACUGCGGCCUCUACCUGCUGCAAUAUGUUGAGAGUUUUUUAAAGGACCCUGUGGUGCACUUUGAUCUUCCUCUACAACUACAACGAUGGUUUCCACGGCACCAGGUGCGGAGGAAACGAGACGAAAUCAGAGAUCUGGUACUUAGACUUUACAAAGAACAGAACCUGGAUAGUAACUGAUAGACUCAUGAAGGAACUGCUGUUCCGUGCAUCCAUUCCUGUAGCCGUUACACAUCACUGCUCAUACUGAGCAACGGACACUUCCGAUGACCUGAAAACAUUUUCAUUUGCAUCAAACGCUGUUAUUGAUUGAUUGUUUUCUGCAUUCACUCACAAACAAAACAUGUACACCGUUGACUAUCUGUUGAUCCUCUGAUUGAACAUGAAAGCAGCAAUCAUUUCAGAACAUGUUUGUACACCCUGGAAAACUUUAAUGAUUGUUUUUAUGAGGCAAGAUCUUUUUUUUGUUAAUUAAUUAUUAUUUAUUUUAAAUUUAGUAUCUAGGGAAUUUGAUUAAAGUAGCACCACUGUAAGGCCUAGUUUGUACAGCAGAUUGUCAACCUUUAUUGUUGAGUUCACUUGUUUUGCCAACAUUUGAGGUUAUUUAUUUUAGUCUCAGUCAGGGAUUUUCUAAUCAGAACUGUUCUUAUUUUGCAUUCUUUGCAUCGGUACACCUUUACAGGAUGAAAACAGGCACAGUAUGAAAAUCAUUUCCUAUUUUCCCCUUUCCAUUAGAGAAUGACAUUAAGCCAUAGGAACUGAAAUCCAAACUUGAAGUAGCCGUUUAUCUGUUCCAUUUUCAGGAUAAAGGAAAAAAUCUAUUUCUGUUUGUCAUUCAGUGCCUCACACAGUUAUCCAGUGCCAAGAAAUUACUUUACAUACUGACAAUGAACUAGGAUCAAUCACUCACGUCUCUUUGCAACAAAGCUAAAUUGUCAUAAACAUUUGUCUGUGACACUCUUUCUAUCCCGAUCCAACAUGACAAAUCUUAAGUCACAACGGACGUUAACUAAACAUAAAUAAAUUGGAAACAUUAUAUAAUUCACUAUAAUAAUGUUGGACUACCAGUAAACUACUUGUACUGUACGUUUGCAUACAAAUCAUGGUUCCGAUAUUCAUAUGGCAUUAUUACAUUAUCUAGUCAUUUUAAGUUUCUUGGUUAAUACCAUUUAUUAUUUUCCAGAUUUUGCAUACUUUUGCAAAAUGUAGGUUUCUUUUACAUUUUAAACCACUGGCCUCAGUAUAUAGCUUCAGAAGUAAUAUGUUGGUUCGGACUUUGGGACACAUUUUUGCCCAUCAUGCAGUCCAAAUAAUAAGUUGUGUGUUGUAUUCAGUAAUAACACAUAUUUGUUGUACGUAAGACAUUUUUUAAAUAAAAACACAAAUUGCAAAAAAUAAUGUUCUAAAAUGUAAAACCUACCUUAAGACUCAUUGCAGUGUGUGCCUAAUUUGUUCUCCGCAUAGAAGAGAAGUAGUCUUGUUUGCUUUACGAGUUUUUGUUCAAAUGUUUGUGUCUCUUUUAACACUUAAUUUUAUUUAGUUUUUUAGACAUUGUGCUGGAUGAAUGUACUCUAGCUGAUUCCCAAAUAUCUUUUGGUUUUUCCAUCUUAUACUAAAAUUAGUAAACCAAAUAACAAUCAUUGUUCUGUCGAUUCUUGGUCUUGUUUUUCUUUUCUUCUGGAACCAGGAUAGCGGCAUUAAACCAUCCCAGUAUGUAUUCUAGAGCCAGUGGACAAGUGUGGGGUCCUGACUCCUGACUUCUUGUCUUACUUGGUAACAAGAUGAGGAUUAGAGGUUUGUAACUAAAUGAGAGACUGAAUGUGUUGUUAAUCAGCUGAUUUAUUAUUUUCUAGGAAUUAAAUGUUUUAUUUUGGC